ACUCUCCGCUCUGUAAUCAGAUUAUUCUAUCUGUAAGUGGAGUACUGAAGAGUAGCAUCGUUUAUUUUUGUGCAUUUCAGCAUUUUCAUGAUCAUAUUUUGUUGGAGCCAGAUGAAAAAUUGCCACAUUUCCGAUUUUGGAUAAAUCUGUUUAUGAUAGCCCAAGAUCUGUUUGUGAGCAAGACUUGUCUGGGAGGAAAAAAAACACACCAUAGGUUUCUGAGGAGAGACAAGUAGUUUCUUCAAGGUAAAUUCAGCAGAACAGGACUGAAACUUGGCCAUAUCAUCCCAUGACCUCACCUGUGUCUGACCUUCAUGGUUGGUUAGAUGUCCAACACCCUUUCACAAUUACAAAGUCCACACCAGUUAGAGGAAUGCAGACAUCACAGGACCCGCUGUCUGAGUUUCAGCAGUCAGAGAUCAAUGAGGGUUCCGCAUCUAAAGAAAUCCAAGAAAAACCAGGGCAAGGCAAGGAUGCCCAGAUUGUAGCCAGGGAAGUUGACGAUGAAGAAGACACAUACCACAGUAGCAGUACUACAAACUCUUAUAGGGAUGAAUGGUUUCGCCUGUUUGAGCGUGAUGACUACCUACAGGUAGUUAGACAAGAGGGUAAGAAAGGCAGAUUGAGGAGCAGUAGAUUCCGAAGUGUCUGCUGGAAGAUCUACCUAGAAUGCUUACCUGAUGACAGGACGAGUUGGCUUGAGUCUGUGAGAGCCAAUAGAAAGAAAUACGACGGCUUCAGGGAAAAGUACAUACAGAGCACAAAGGAAGGACUGAUGGAUAGCGCGCUGGACCCUACACUCAAUAAUCCACUUUCGCAGAUGGAAGAGAGCCCUUGGAAUAAAUUCUUCCAAGACAAGGAUUGCCGGACCGAGAUCAGGCAAGACGUGGUCAGAUGCUUUCCGGAAAUCGCUUUCUUCAAGAGCGAGAAGAUCCGGGAGAUGAUGGUGGAUAUCCUAUUCUGUUUCGCCAAGGAAAAUAGCCACGUGCUAUAUAAACAGGGAAUGCAUGAACUACUAGCUCCACUGAUGUUCGUUAUACAUUGUGACCAACAAGCGUUCUUACAUGCCAAAGAAAUGGAAUCCCAACUAGUUGUUGGUCCAAAUGAAAGAGAUAUAGUUUCGGAACUAAUGAAUCCUGAGUACUUGGAGCACGACUCAUACACCCUCUUUUGUCACCUGAUGGAGACGGCUGAGCCAUGGUUCCAUCACGGUCAUGACUUCCCGCCCCCUCAAGGUGGUUUUGUCCAAUCAGAACCCUUCUCCAAGCCGGAGGAGUGCAACCCUUCCUCUCCGUUGGUCAAGAAACUCAACAGGAUAAGAGAGGUCAUCCUCAAGAAGCAUGAUUUUGAGCUCUACACUCAUCUCAAUAGGCUAGAUAUACAGCCUCAGAUAUAUGGCAUACGAUGGUUGAGGUUGUUGUUCGGUCGUGAAUUUACAUUCCAGGAUCUGAUAGUAUUAUGGGAUGCUAUCUUUGCUGAUUCACCUAUGUUAGACUUGGUUGAUUACAUCUUUGUUGCGAUGCUCAUCAAAAUCAGGGAACUUUUACUAACAGCGGAAUAUGCCGACUGCCUGAUGCUCCUAAUGAGAUAUCCUACAGUAGAUGACAUUCAUUACCUUGUCAAUAAGGCUUUACAUCUCAGAGAUCCAAAGAACAACCCCAGGCAGGCCAACUACCAGUUCCAAAUCUACUCCCAGAUGAAAACGGGUAACGUCAUCUCCACCACGCGAGGGAACGUCACCGUCUCCAAGAAACCAGUACCGGCUGGUGGGGUGGGUGUGGCCAAGAAGACUUCAUCGGCGGUCAGUCAGGGGUUUAAUAGUCUUAGGAGGAUCGGAAAGGGGGCCAAUGGUACCAAGGAUAAGGGGUCUAAGUCAAAGACAACAGAAGAUCUACCCCAUCCUUUGGCCCAGCCCUCUGACCUUGUGACAGACAUUCAGAAGCGAGAUCUUAAGGUGCUGACCAAACCUAGUAUUGCUAGUAUGGAGACAUUGAGCUCCAAUACAGAGGGUCUUUCGAAGGUAGAGAAACAAGCACCUAUAAAUCCGCAAUCCAAGAUCUUUACUAAGCCAAGGAGUGCAAGCAAAAAACCUGAUCCAGAGACUGAACAGCAGCUGGCAGUAUUACAGAGUAGAUUCAAUGAAUUGAGAACCAUGUGUAGAUAUUGUGCCUCUAAGAUGGAAGCUCAUAUUUUCCAAAUGCAAGAUGGUUUGCUGCAGCUUAAUCUUGAGACAGAUGAUGAACUCUUUGUUUCAUUAGCUGGACUCAAACAGGUGAAAGAUAUUUUGAAUGGCAAGUUGAAAUUCACUCAAGGUCUCAUAGAUCCCGAUGAAAUCAACAUCAAUGAUGAUCACUACUCACAAGGGGCGGAGUCAUUCACUCAGGAUAACCAAUCAGAGUCCAUCUUUCACAGUACCAAUAACAAUAGCAACAGUGAUGCACCAAUGAAAUCCAUCCAUGAAAGUUCAGGGGCGGGGCCUGAUAAUCACUCUAAAGAUUCACGUGUGAGUGACAGCACCCAGCAGCCAACCACAGUCAGUCUCGGCACAGAGGGGGCGGAGCUACAGGAUAAGGCUUCUGUGAUUGGUCAGAGGAAUGUAAGGGAGAAUCCAUUCAACACAAGUGGAGUGAAAGAAAAGGAAUUUUUGUCUGGUGGACUUGAUGAAGAAGACAAGGAAAAUGGAAAUAUAAAGUGCAAUAGUCAUCCCUUAUUUGACUCAUAACAAUCACUUUGAAAUAAACCCCCUCAAAAAUUGUUGGACUGUGAUAGAAUACAAAGCUAUAUAUGUGUGAAAAUGAUGUAGAUAAGAGUUAAAAGGAUGCAUCUCGAAGAAAUUAUUUUUUAUUGUGUCAAAGACAAAAAAGGUGAGUUGUAUAUAUAUUUUCAAAUGAAAAGAAUACUAUUUUUAGUAAUAAUUGUGUUUUUGACAAUCUGUCUGUUUUUGACAUUCUAUCAAGAUUUCUAUGAAAGACCGUAGUCAUCAUUCAUGUACAUUUACUUGAAAAUAUUCUAAAUGAAGCAUUAUAUUGACGUACAGUUCAAAAAAGCAUAAAUCUGUUCCAUAUUGCAAUCAUAGGGAGGUGUGCUAGCUCAGUUGGAAGAGCGAUGAAUUCAUAAUCUACUCCAGUGACCUGGGUUUGAUUGCCAUUUGGUGUGAAGGCAUCUAUCCACAUAGACAGAUUCCUCGGACAGGACGUAAAGCCCUCAGUCAUCUGGUUGCUUGUUUAUAAUUACUCAUUCAUGCUGUCUUUGUAAAA